AUGGAUGUACUGCUGGUUAGUUCCUGUGGUUUAUUCAAGUGUACAAAUGGUACGCAAUGUUGUUGUCGUAAUCCCUGUCCGGCCACAUGUGCUGAUCCAAUACCAUCGUGUUGUUUGUCAUUAAAUUGUGAAAUCGGUUGUUUCAAAGUUUGUCCUAAAGGCUCGGUAUUAGACAAAUACGGAGGCAAUUGUAUACCAUUGCAGUGCUGUCCCAGUGUAAAAAAUCUAGCCCUGGUCAAUUGUCAAACACAACUUAAUGGUAAAUGUCGUGGCGGACCAAUAGAUACAAACGUAAAGUGCGGUACAUUAACUCCUGAUGUGUGCGGCUGUCCCACAGUUUCCAAUACAUCAAAAGCAUGUAUCAGAGACGUGUGUCAGUGCGCACCGGGAUAUUGGCGUCGAUUAGCUGAUUGUAAAUGUGUUUUCAAAUCUGAAUGUGACAAUUGUGUUGGAUAUGCUUUUAUAAACUAA